AUGGAGAGGCAUGUCUUUGAUUUGCUUCUGGGAAAUGCUCAGGGGCGGAACUUGUUUCUGCCUGUCCAAGGUGACAAGGAUUCAACGGCAUUGAGGUCGUGGAACUGCUUCUCAUACUUUAGGAUGUGUGCAUCUGGCAACACAGCUGACAUCCCUCCUAGUCGCAGAAGCAAAACUGCCACAGCAUACAUAGUGUUUGAGCUCGACAUCUUUGCUGGUGGGCGCAAUGCCAAUAGUGAGAAACUCUGGAACUCCCAGCGUCAGUUCAUCCUGGUCGGUCCAGGUACCCCAUGCUUGCACGGAGGCACCCCCACUGUCAAGAAAGUUGCAGGAUGUAGCGGGGAAGUUGGAGAAGUUCCUUCCUGCUCCCAGAAUUCAAGGCUCAUACAAGUUUGGUGCUCAGGGUCAUAG